CCUUGGCUUCAGUCGAAUUUAAAAUUCCGUUUUGUGCACAUCAUUUUGUCCACAUCAAAAAUCUUAAAGAGAUACCCUUUGCGAGAGCAACAAAGGGAGAGUGAAAAAUAAAUAAAGAACGGUUCUAUUGUUGGAGCUAUGCUUAAGUUUCUUUGUUGUAAAAAUUAAUAGAUCAGUCGAUGAAUUACACUUAAAGUCGCAAGAUGUUUAAAGAGCUUAGAAUAUUUUUCAUGUUGCUUUUUUUCGAAGUCAAUGCUCAAUGUGUUAUGGAUCGAGAAUAUUUGAGAAGCAGCAAUCGCGUAUUCACCAUAAAAACGGGAAAUGAUUUUAAGAUGCUGCGGACUAACGAAGUGCCUGUUGGAACCACAUUGAGAAUCUUUUGUUCUCCCACCAAUUUCGUGGACACCACUUGCACUCGCUCACAAGCAUCCAGUACAAUGAUGCAAGCCAACAAAAAGCAAAAGGCUAAUAAUGGUCAAGUUGCAGUGUUUAAUCCAGCAUUACAGAGCCAAAGUUGCGAUGGGGCCUCAAACGCUGAAUGUGAUCCCGAAGCUGAUGAAUUUGAUACUGAAUUGCCGACUUCGAAUCCAAAGGUAUUCAGAUCGAGUCAUAAGCAAAUCAGAGAUGACUCAUGCCCUGAACCAGCAAAAAUGUUUCUUGUUGGAUUCAAGUUGAAUAAAGAUCAGUUUCUUGAGGUAUACAGAACCUGCUAUAACCAAAGUUCUCAAACAGCCUUAUUUUCAAUUCAUGAAAUUGAACCGAGGAGCGCAACUGCAACUCGUACGGGGGAAUGGGCUAAAACAAAAGUUGUAAUUACUGAGAGAGUGUGGAAGCCCGAGGAAAUAUAUUUAACAUUUAAAAAUCUUUUGGGUAACGAUCAGUCAUACGUACGAGAUCCUAAAACGAUAACGGAAGGAAAAAAUUACGUAUUCGCACGUGGCCAUUUGGCGCCAUCAGCUGACUUCGUUUUCUGUAGUGAAAAGAGAGCCUCCUUCAAGCUAUUUAAUGCAGUUCCCCAAUAUGACAAAAUCAAUAGCGGCAUUUGGUGCAAUUCUGUUGAAAAAUGGGUACGCGAGAGUACACUAUUGUAUGGAAAACUUAAGGUUUGCACUGGUGGACUUGGAGUUUUGCAACUUAAGCACAGCACUGCGCCUACUAUGAUCGAUGUUUAUCUGGGUGCAAAUAAACGUACUCCAAUACCUAAAUGGACUUACAAGAUUAUUAAAUCGUACACGAAUCCGAAAUUCCAUUUUGCUGUCGUCACCUUAAACAGUGUUUCAGAUGUGAGAGUCACAUCGCCAUGUCCCUUUAGGUUACCAAAGUUUUGUCGUGGCCUGAAAAUCGAUAAUACUGAUCUACAGUCUGGACAAACUUUCUGCUGCAGUGCCAAAGAUUUUAUUGACGAACAUGUUUCACAUUUGAAGGGAGUUUGCUAAACUUCAAAUACGUUUUGAUAUAUGAAUUUAUUCCAUUUAACCAGAAUGUUAUUCACUACAAGUUAUACAGCAAAUUGUAAUGUAAAUGUAAUAAUGUAAAGGUUUAUUUUCUUUUUUAUAAUAAAUUAAAAAGUUAUAAUAAACAUUUACGUAAAUAAACUAUUUGA